GUUGCAUGUCGGGGUAUAUCUGUUGUUUACAAGAUGGUGGAGGAUGAAAUAGUGCUGUGACUCAAACAAAAACAACAAUCAGACUUUCAGACUUUCUGUCACGCUUCAAACUCGCUUCAGCGACGUGUCGUUGAACAUCGUUCAGCGUUUUAACGGGACCGGCGCAGACUCGAGCGGCUGGAUGUCGUCACAGCAGCUCUCUGACUGACAGCACGUUUUAUUUUUUGCACUGUCACUGACAGACAGGCAGACAGACAGAGCGACAGACAGGUACAGACUGUAUCCCUGAUCAAAGGACUGUAAAUUGGACCUGCAGGACGAUUCCUGAAUCCAGCCGAAUGAACAGAGCGGCUGCAAAGCAUCUAAUUGAGCGCUACUUUCGGCAGUUAACUGAAGGCUGUGGAAAUGGCGACUGCACGAAUGAGUUUUGCGCAUCAUGUUGUGAUUUUCAACCUUUGGAUAACAAUUCAGCAGCUGCCAAAGCGCUUGAGCUGUUUAAGAUUAAUGCCAAACUCUGCAAUCCUCACCCGUCCAAGAAAGAAACUGACGCCGCGCAGUCAGACUCCUGUGAACACGAAAACACUCAUCUUGACGGUAAGAUGAGCAACGCGGACCUCUUUCCCCUCAAGGAGGAUUUCUCAGAUGUUCACUAUCUCACAGAGAACACAGUAUGUAUGAUCCUGAGUUCCUGCGAGGAGAAAGGGGACUACUCCGCUCUCGUCCGCAUCAUCGGCAGGAUUUUCUCCAACGCUGAGGCCCUGAUGAAGUGCUUCAGGAAGGAUGAACCCAACGCUACUGAAAACCAUGACUCUUUUAAACCAACCGAUGCGGACAAGCACGAGAAGCAAAAGUCAGAGGAGAUGGGUGCUUCCUCUGCAGCUGCUUCACCAGACGAGGGUGCUAACGAAAUGUUCGACCCUUGUGAGGUUACGGUGGACAUCUGCGCUGUGAGGAGGGUCUAUGACAGACUUCUGAACAUCGACCAGGUGGAGGCAGCUCUCGUAAACGCAAUUAUUUUCCUCACUCCGAAUAUGGAACUUGACCUGGAGUACCUCGAUGUGUACGAAACAAACCCCGAUUACCUGAAUAUCUUCAUCAUCGUGUUGGAGAACAGUAACCUCCACAGCCCAGAGUACCUGGAGGUGGCAUUGCCACAGUUCUGCAAAGCGAUGAGCAAACUGCCGGUGACUGCGCUCGCCAGGCUCUCAAAGCUCUGGUCCAUGUACGGUCUCCAACACACCCGGCGUAUGAUGGAGACCUUCCAGCAGCUCAUCACUUUCACAGUCAUUAGCAAUGAGUAUGACAGUGAAAAUUUGAUAAAUGACGAUGAGACGGUGGUGGCCGCGACCCAGUGUUUAAAAGUUGCCUUCUACGCGAGUCUCCAAGGUGGCAUCGUGGAUGUGGAGCACAACGACGAGGACGAGGAAGACACCGAGGUAGACGAGAUCACCCUGCAUGAGCUGCUAGGUGAGGAGCAGCUCUAUAAGAAGGGCCCCCGGGUCGAUCCUCUGGAGAAAGAACUUGGUGUCAGAUCUAUAGACGGCAUAAAACCGCUCAUCCCCUUUGAGGAUUUUAUUAACGAGUCAGUAAACGAAGUGGUGGAGAUGGACAAGGAUUUCACGUUCUUCAAGGUCAACGCUGAGACCAAGUUUUCUUUCCAGAGCUGCCCCUUCAUUCUCAACGUCAUCACCAAGAGCCAAGGACUGUACUACGACAACAGGAUCCGAAUGUACAGCGAGCGACGCCUCACGGCCCUCUACAGCAUGGUCCAGGGCCAGCAGCCAAACCCUUAUCUUAAGCUCAAAGUACGCAGAGAUCACAUCAUCGACGACGCCCUCGUCAGACUGGAGAUGAUCUCCAUGGAGAACCCGUCUGACCUGAAGAAGCAGCUGUUUGUUGAGUUUGAGGGGGAGCAAGGUGUAGACGAGGGAGGGGUUUCAAAGGAGUUCUUUCAGCUGGUGUUGGAGGAAAUUUUCAACCCUGACAUAGGGAUGUUCACCUACGACGACGAGACAAAACUUUUUUGGUUCAAUUCAUCCUCACUGGAGAAUGAAGCUCAGUACACUCUCGUCGGACUCGUCCUGGGGCUCGCCAUUUACAACAACUGCAUCCUGGACGUACAUUUCCCGAUGGUUGUCUACAGGAAACUCAUGGGCAAGAAAGGGACCUUUUUGGACCUGUCAGACUCACAUCCAGUUCUCUACCAGAGUCUGAAGGAGUUGCUUGAUUUCACUGGCAACGUCGAGGAAGACAUGAUGCUCACCUUCCAGAUAUCACACAAAGACCUUUUUGGAAGUCCUGUCUUAUAUGACUUAAAGGAGCAGGGAGACCAGAUCCCUGUUACUAAGGAGAAUAGACAGGAGUUUGUGGACCUGUAUACCGAGUACAUACUGAACAAGAGCGUGGAGAGACAAUUCAAAGCCUUCAAGAAAGGUUUCCUAAUGGUCACAAAUGAGUCCCCGCUGAAAUAUUUGUUCAGACCUGAGGAAGUGGAGCUGCUUAUCUGUGGAAGCAGGAAACUCGACUUUGAAGCACUCGAGAAGACAACAGAGUACGAUGGAGGUUAUAGCAAAGAUAGUCAAAUCAUCAAAGAUUUCUGGGAAACGAUCCACUCGUUUGGAGAGGAGCAGAAGAGAUUGUUCCUACAGUUUACCACCGGCACAGACAGAGCGCCGGUCGGCGGUCUUGGCAAAUUAAAAAUGAUCAUCGCUAAGAACGGCUCCGACACAGACAGGUUACCGACCUCUCACACCUGCUUUAAUGCGCUGCUCCUCCCAGAAUACUCCUCCAAGGAAAAACUGAGGGAAAGACUCCUUAAGGCUAUUACCUAUGCCAAAGGAUUUGGGAUGCUGUGACAGCUCCACAAAGAAAGUUGUCUGUGACGGCAUUUUAACAACAAAAACAAAACAAUGAAAAAGGGAGUAUCACAAAAAUGAAACAAAAUGCUGCAAUAACCCUGUGCCUAACCAACCCUUAACAGUCAUACUCCACGGUCGGCCUUUCACUCUGAGGUCUUUUGAAAGCUAGUUUCAUAUCAGUACGUUAGUUUCCCAAAGAGUUUAACAUGGCACUUACUUAUUUUUGUCUUGUGUGUUUUUUGUUUCCGGGCAAACAUGAACAAUAUUUAUGAUUUGUGAAACUGUGAAAGUGCACUUAUACACAUGAUUUUAGUGAUUGCCAGCACAUACAGUAUAUUUAUUGACUUAGUUUGAAUUUUCUUAUGUUUUACAGCUCUUCACGGCGUAGUAGUGUUCAGUCCUCAGGCUGUCUUCCCACAAUUAAGCGGACUGAGCAUAAUGGUGCUCCUCGGUUAUGAUUGUCAUUGAAGAAUAUUGAGGUGAAGCCUUUUGUAUUACUGCUAACACAAAUAGCCUCUCUGACAAGCUUCGAUUUAAAUCCUGUCAGAGUGAGAACAAACUCACCGCUAACCUAAAGGUUAUUUUAAAGUAUUUCUGUGUUGUGCCUGUUGUAUUACAUAGAAAAUGAAUACUGCGUGUCGUGAAGCAGACGACCUGACCAGGCGGUGUGGUUUUCGAUAGCUUGCAAAGGUUUCAAAAUGUACGUACUGACUGGUCGGUUUAGACUUUCACAUCCUGAAAGAAGUGUUUCUCUUCCCUUGGUUUGUUUUGCUAUUUAGUGUUUCUGAUUGCACAUUUGUGAGUGCAACUGCCAAAUGUGCAAUGCCUAUAUAAUGAAAAGAGUCACACGAAAUGUUUUAUUUGGCCAAAUAUCUCAGGUACAUAAAGAAUGUGCAGAUAAUGUGAAACUCUGAUGUAAAGCCAAUGUUAUGCAAAGUAAAUAAAGGUGUAAAAAUACA